CACCCAGUCCACUCGCAGUCGCAGCUAGUCCGGUCCCCGGUCCGACCUAUCCCAGUGACACCAUCUAUCGUCGGUCGGGGACGAUGAGGCCGGCCGCGCUCUUCCUCGCCGCGGUGCUGGCCAGCGUCGUCCUCCUCCUCGCCGCCGGCCGCGCCGCGGGCGACUUCUCGGCCCUGGCGCCGUGCGAUGUGACGCAGCUGACCCCCUGCGCGAGCGCGUUCGCGGGGAAGGCGUCGCCCACGGCCGCCUGCUGCGCCAAGCUCCUGUCCCACGGGCCCGGCUGCCUGUGCCGGUACAAGGACGACGCCAGCCUGAAGCGCCUCGUCGACGCCAGGCACAAGCGCAGGGUGUUCACCGCGUGCAAGGUGCCCGUCCCGAGUUGCUAGCCGUACUCCUAGUCCUCCAAGCUCAUCCGUCGGCCGUCGGCGCAAGCAGCCACGCACGGCGAAGAAAUAAGAUGGACGGAGGAGAGAGGGGAAUUGUUCGCCGUGGUCUGUGGUGUCCGGCCAAGGAUUUGGCUGGUUAGAUUUGUUCGCUUCUUCACUGUCUCGCACAAAAAACCAGCUCGUGGGAGGUAGUGUGUUUGUGUUGGAUUGCGUUAGUUCGAAGUUCGAACUCAUGUCGCCAAUUUUCCAUGCAUUGCGAAAUAAAAAUCACCACACCAUCGUCGCUAAAG